AAGAAAUAAAAAGGAUAAUUGUCGUUACCUGAAAAAGUCAUGUCUACCCUUGCACCCCCAAUCCACUCUGAAAUUCUCCAGACGUCUGCUUCUCUCUCUCUCUCUCCCACUUGCUAUAUUUUAUCUUUGUAUCCAUCCAUUAUCCAUCUCUCUCUUCUCUCUCCUCUCUCUCUCUCUCAUCUGCAUAAACAAACAUAUAUUAGAAUCAUUCUUAUUUCUACUGCUAAAAAAUAAUUAAAGAAAAUGAAAAGGGAAUACGGUGGUGAAGAUAAACGUCUCCACCACUCUAAUACCGCCGCCGCCGCCAUGUUCUCCCACCACCACCAAAGCCACAACAGUUUCCACCUUCAUUCACAACCCUCGCCCCCACAUCUCCACCACACCGCCGCCGGCCCUGAAUGCCCACCUACCUCCGAGGAAGCCGACAGCCACAGCCACAGCCCUUCCUACAACCACUCCUCCGCCGCCAAAAGGAAGGCCUACGACGACGACGCUUUUCCUCCACCCAGCGACGGCGGCGCCACCAUCGAAGUCGUCCGCCGCCCACGCGGCCGGCCGCCGGGAUCUAAGAACAAAGCCAAACCCCCGGUCAUCAUCACUCGUGACUCGUCGGAACCCUCCAUGAGCCCCUACGUACUCGAGCUCCCCCCCGGCGUCGACGUCAUCGAAUCGACGGCGAGCUUCUGCCGGAAGCGAAACAUGGGCCUCUCCGUGCUCAACGGCAACGGCGUCGUUGCGAACGUCACCAUAAAGCAGCCGUCCACCACCCCCGGCGCCACAGUCACCUUCCACGGCCGCUUCGAUAUUCUAUCGAUCUCCGCCACUAUCCUACCCGCCGGAGCCCUACCGGUCGGAAACGGUUCGUUCACAAUUUCCCUGGCAGGUCCGCAGGGGCAGGUGGUCGGCGGUCACGUGGUUGGGCCUCUGAUCUCCGCCGGAACCAUAUACCUAAUCGCCGCCAGCUUCAAUCGCCCCUCAUUCGACAGGCUGCAGCUCGCGGUAGAUCACGCGGACUCGGCGGCCAUAGAAGGCGGCCAAAACCACCACCGCGACUCUCCAAAAGCGGUUUCCGGCGGAGACAGCGGCGGCACUCCUAUUUACAGCUAUCAGCCUUCCGAUGUAAUAUGGGCGCCCACCGCCAGACAGCCGCCGCCAUCACAACCGCCGUACUGAUCCAAUUGUUCACGCAAUGCCGGUGACGAUUUAGUUGAAUGUUUGUGUCAAAUUAUUUGCCCUAGUUUUUCCCUCUUUUCUUAUGCCGAUCGAUACUGUUUGCUAUGGCUGGUUCACUUUAUAUUUUAUUUUUGUUAAUGACUACUAGUUUAGCAAUU